UGGCCGCCCGCGCUCCUCCUCCGCCUCUAGCACCCGGGUGCGGCGAGCGAUCGCCCGGUGGGUCUCGUCUCCGCCGCGCAGCUCCGUCUCCGUGCAGCACUCGUCGCUUCCCGGGCCAUGGCCAACCUCGAGCGCACCUUCAUCGCGAUCAAGCCCGACGGCGUGCAGCGCGGCCUGGUGGGCGACAUCAUCAAGCGGUUCGAGCAGAAGGGCUUCCGCCUGGUGGCCAUGAAGAUGAUGCGGGCCUCGGAGGAGCACCUACGGCAGCACUACAGCGACCUGAAGGAGCGCCCCUUCUUCCCCGGCCUGGUGCAGUACAUGCACUCGGGGCCCGUGGUCGCCAUGGUCUGGGAGGGGCUGAACGUGGUGAAGACGGGCCGCGUGAUGCUGGGUGAGACCAACCCUGCCGACUCCAAGCCGGGCACCAUCCGCGGGGACUUCUGCAUCCAGGUUGGCAGGAACAUCAUUCACGGCAGUGACUCCGUGAAAAGCGCCGAGAAGGAGAUCAGCCUGUGGUUUAAGCCUGAAGAGCUGGUUGACUACAAGCCCUGCGCUCACAACUGGAUCUAUGAGUAGAGGUGGAGGCGCCGCUUGCCCUCACUCCGCUGACUGCUGACUUGGCGGACAGAUGGGUCCUGUUUUCUAAGCCCGUUUCCCAAUAAAGCCUGGGGACCGGGA